GGUUUUCAAAAUGGUAAUAAAAACAAGUAUUUCCACUCGGCCAAUCAUUCAUUCUCUUGAUAGUUUUAAUCGACAGAAGAAAAAAAAUGUCACCAUCAAAACAUAAAGAACCAACUAAAAAUGUUCGAUUGGUUACACCGAAUUUGAUUCUUGCGGAUGCAAAUGUUGAACCAAGUAAACAAACUAAUAUUACAUAUAAAGCGAAUCGUAUUAAUACAUCUAAAUAUACGUGGAUUACAUUCUUGCCGAAAAAUUUAUUUGAACAAUUUUAUCGUUUUGCCAAUCUUUAUUUUCUAUUCAUACAGAUACUUAAUUGGCUACCAGGUAUGGAAGUAUUUGUACGUGAAGUACAAUUGAUGCCUCUGUUGUUUGUAUUAUCGGUAACGGCUAUUAAAGAUUUAUUUGAAGAUCGAAGAAGACAUUUAUCAGAUAAACGUGUUAAUAAUAUGGCUACACGUCGAUAUGAUACAAAAACAAAACGUUUUGUACGAAUCAAAUGGAAAGAAGUACAAGUUGGUGAUCUUAUACAUCUUGCUUGUAAUGAAAUGGUUCCAGCAGAUAUAUUAUUAUUACGUUCACAAUCGGCUGAAAAUGAAGAUUAUGGUACAUGUUAUGUUGAAACAUCUAAUCUUGAUGGUGAAAGUAAUCUUAAACCACGAUAUGUAGUACCAGAUGUAAUCAAACCAUAUCAAUCAUUGGAUCAGGCUGAUUUUGAUUUUAUUGUUGAAUGUGAAAAACCAAAUCUAAAAUUACAUAAAUUUAAUGGUUCACUUAUCUAUAAUAAUGAUGAUGGUAGUCCAAGAAAACGUAUAGCAAUAAACAAAGAUAAUAUAUUAUUACGUGAUUGUACAUUGAAAAAUACUGGAUUUGCAGAAGGUUUAGUAAUUUAUGCUGGUCAUGAAUCAAAAGCAAUGUUAAAUAAUAAAGGUCCUAGACAUAAAAGAAGUCGAUUAGAAAAAAUGAUGAAUCGUGAUAUAAUAAUGUGUGUUGUAAUAUUGAUUAUAAUGUGUGUUAUUGGUUUUAUGGGUAGAUAUUUUUGGUUAGAUCAAUUUACUGAUCCAAAAAUGCGACCACCAUAUAAUGAUUAUGAUAAUCCGGUUGAAUCAUUGGAUUUUAUAUGGCCAUUAAAAACAUUUGCAACAUUUUUAAUUCUUUAUCAAAUGAUUAUACCGAUUUCAUUAUAUGUUUGUAUUGAAAUGGUAAAAUUAGGACAAGUUUAUCUUAUCAAUCGUGAUGAAUUUCUUAUUGAUAAACAAACAGGAAAACGUUGUGAAUGUAGAGCAUGGAAUAUAACUGAAGAUUUAGGACAAAUUGAAUAUGUAUUUUGUGAUAAAACUGGUACGCUAACUGAAAAUAUAAUGGAAUUUCAAUGUUGUUGUAUAAAAGGUAUUAAUUAUGAAUCGGAUAAUCCAAAAAUAAUGAAUACUACAACCAAAUUGAUUAAUAGUCAAUUAUGUGACAAAGUAGCAGCUAUAGGUGAACAUUAUAAAAAAUGGAAAGAUCGAUCAAACAAAAGUAAUGAACAAAAUAAAGACAAAGAUAAAAAUGAUGAUAAAAAAUUUGUGUUGAAUGAUGAUGAACAACAAAUUAUACAUGAUUUUUUCAUAACAUUAGCCAUAUGUAAUACGGCAACUAGUCAAUCUUUACAUCAAGAUAAUUUAAAUGCAAAAGGACAACAGGUUAUGAUGGCCGAAUUAAGUGAAGAAACUAAAACAGUAAAAACAGUAAAAACACUUAAAGGAUCAUUAUCAUUAUCAUCAUUGUUUCAACCAACAGAUUUGUUUCAUGUAUUUCAAAGUCCAGAAUCAAUGAAAAAAACAAAAAGUAAUGAAAAAAGUCGAUCAUCUUCAACCGAAGAUCAUCAACAAACAAUAGGUCCAUGUUUUGAAUCAGAAAGUCCGGAUGAAGUAGCUUUAGUAACAGCUGCUUUUCAAUAUCAAUAUCGUUUGGUAAAACGGGUUCGAGAUUUGGUUACGGUUUUGUUACCAAAUAAUGUAUUGAUUAGUUAUAAAGUGUUAUACACUUUACCAUUUGAUUCGGAUCGUAAACGAAUGUCUGUUAUUGUUCGAUGUCCAUUUACUGGACAAAUAAUUCUUUAUACAAAAGGAUCUGAUCUUACUGUACUUCAACAUUUAUCAUCAGCGCAACAAUGUAAUCCGGCUAAUGAAUUGGUUUUGAACAAACAAUGUUUACAUAAUUAUAGCAGUAAAGGAUUAAGAGUUCUUUGCAUUGCUAAACGUAUACUAAGCCAACAACAAUACGAUGAUUUUAUUGUUCAGGUAAAUAAAGCCGAAUCAAGCGAAAAUCGAGAUAAAAAAAUAUUAAGAAUUUAUGAAGAACUUGAAAGCGAUUUACAAUUACUUGGUUCGACAGCUAUUGAAGAUCGAUUACAACAUCGUGUACCACAAGUGAUUAAAGCAUUACGUGAUGCUGGAAUAAUGGUCUGGGUACUUACCGGUGAUAAAAUGGAAACGGCCAUUAGUAUUGCUAAAUCAUGUCAAUUGUUUAACAGUGAUAUGAGACUUCUUACUAUCAAUUUGAAUAUAGUUCGAUCAAAGAAAACGGCACGAACAGAAUUGCUCAGACAUCUGGAUACGGUAAGAAAUUUUAGCCGUGAUGAAGAUGACCAAUUAUGUUUCGGUAGUAUGUCAUCGGAAAAAUCGAUGAACAACAAUAAUACUAAUUCAACGACUACUAAUUCAACGACUAGUAAAGAAAUGGAUCGUAGUUACAUAUGGCUUAAACGUAUUUAUCAUUUUUUGAAACGUGAAAAAUUUGAUCCAGAAGAUGAUGAUAAUGGUGGGGCUGGUGGUAGUAGUAGUCGUUUACGAAAUCGAUGGGGAUUAGUUAUUGAUGGACCAUCGUUGAAUUUUGUUCUACAAAAAGAUAAUGUUGAUUAUUUUAUUCAAUUAUCACAAUAUUGUGGUUCGGUUUUAUGUUGUCGAGUAACACCAUCACAAAAAUCAUUUGUAGUAAAAUGUGUAAAAAAUAAAUUGAACGUACUUACUUUGGCCAUUGGAGAUGGAGCAAAUGAUGUUGCCAUGAUACAAACGGCUGCUAUUGGUGUCGGUGUAGUUGGUUUAGAAGGUUCACAAGCAGCAAUGGCAUCGGAUUUUGCAAUUCCAAGAUUUCAUUUUCUCGAAAGAUUAUUAUUAUUACAUGGAAAUCUAUGCUAUAAUCGUUUAGCAUUGACCAUAUUGUAUUUUUUCUAUAAAAACACAAUGGUUGUAUUCGUGCUGUUUUUCUAUCAAUUUUUAUCUGGAUUUAGUGGUACAUCAUUAUUGGAUGAUGUUUAUCUAAUGGCUGUUAAUAUUUUUUACACUACAAUACCGGCAAUUGUACGUGGUAUUAUUGAAAAAGAUUGUCAUGAAUCAGUGUUUCUUGAUUAUCCAACACUUUAUGAACGUGGCCGACAUUCUACCGUUUAUACGAUGCAAUCAUUUUGGGUAACAACAAUUGAUUCCGUAUAUCAAAGUUCAAUAAUAUUUUUCGUUACAUAUGGAAUGUUUAAUUUUACAUCCAUUGGUGUUUAUGAAUUUGGAUUAACAAUAUUCAUAUUGAUUAUUAUAACCAACCUGCUGCAAAUUAUGAUGGAAAACAAAUAUUGGAAUCAAUAUUUUGUAUUAUCAAUAGGCAUUUCGAUUGGUUAUUUUAUGUCAUCGAUGCUUUUUCUUGAUUUUAAUUAUUCCGAUUCAUUACUUUUGAUAUUGGGUGGACGAAAUUAUAAAUUAUUUGUGAAUCUAGUGUUUGAGAUGGAAUUUUGGCGUGCUUUAAUUGUCAUACCGGUGAUAUGUUUAUUACCACGAUUCACUAUUCGUACGUUACAGAAUAUAGUAAAACCAUCGUUUCGUAUACCGUUCGAUUCUCCAGGUGAUAAGAAAUCAGUCAGUCAUGAUUAUUUCGAAAAUUCGUAAAUUAUCAUUAGAGAUUCUAUUGUUUUUUUCUUAUUAUUGUUUUCAAAUAAAUAAAUAAAA